AUGGCCUGCACGGAGAGCAUCGAGAACUUCAGCGGAUACCGCCCGGAGGGAAAGAAGCGCAGCCUCACCGAGGCGUACUACGUGCCGCCCUUCGGAUAUUCGUCGGGCCUGAAGAUGUGCGAGUUUACCAAGAGGCGCCGGACGGAGUCCAGCAGCGGCGUCACUUCCGCAACCUACACGUACAGCGCUCCUUCGCCGACCCUCGCCCCGACCGGCUUUACGCCCGCCGCGCUCAAGGCCAUGAAACAUCAGGUGCCGGUCGUCCGCAGGCCCCCCUACGAAUCAGACCUGAAGCUUCUCCUCAAGGACGCACAGGACCACGAGAUCGCGAUGCGCGCUGCCUUGGACGCCGCCGAGAGGGAGCUGCACGAGGCUACCAAGCGGGCGGCCAUCCUCGCCUCCGACCUUCUCGAUGCUAUUUCUCGCGGCCAGAGGUUGUCGGAACUCGACCAAGAGCAAAAGGCGAACGCCGCCGAGAUUGCCAAGGUCGUGCAAGAGGCGGGUGCGACCACUCUCGACGUCCAGCGGAAGCUGGCCGAGUCCCGGGCGCAGGCGGACGCCGCCGAGGCUAAGAAGGACGCCCUUCUCCACGGCCUCUCGCGCGAAUCGCUCCUCCACUGCCCCCCGCACGAUGACGUCGAGCUGGCCAAACUCCUGGAAAAGCACGAGGCGUGCCUGAAGAAGGCCAACGGGCUUCGGGCGCAGUGGUACAGAGAUCUUCUCGUGCUCGAGCGGCACUUCGCCGGCGACCUCGACUACGUCAGCUCGUCCCUCCAGACCUUGGCAUCCUCCGACGACCUCUUGCCGCCCCACGUCAUGGCGGUGCUGUCUGCCGAAGACGCGAAGCGUGCCCAGGAGACCGGUAGGGCCCGGGCGAAAGAGCUCCACCUCUCCGCCGAAGCCAGGUACCGGGAAAUAGUGGACAAGGUGGGCACUCUGACCCCGUGCCUCGGCACCAGGCCGUCGAUCGACGCGCGCGAACUCGCCCUGGCCGAGGAAAAGCUGGUGAGGGUAUCGGCGAUGAUCUCGGCGUUCAACCUGUUCCGCACAGCACAGGCGAACAAGAGGAUGGACGCGCAGCGAGCCUGCAACGAGUACAACCAGGCCAUGUUCGACGUUUCGAAGUGCGAGAAGCGCCUUGCGGACGCGAAGGCGUACGAGCAGGAGGCUCUGGAGGACGAGGAGGAGGCCGAACAGGCCGUUUUCGAGACAGGGCAAGACAUCAAUAAGGUCGUGGCCGAGAUGGUCGACUUCAAGAACCGGCUGGUCGACCCUGAGUGCGAAGAGGAGGGCAUCAAGCGAGUCGUGGUCAAGACCCGACAAGCCUGGAACGAGGCCGUGUUGACGGUGGCUCGCAUCAAGGAGCACUGUGACUCGGCAGUGUUGCGGACAGCAUGCGUGUGGCCGUGA